UGUAGGCUUAAAGCGACCUCACGUGAACGUAUGAAGUACAUUCGUUUGCAAAACUGUUUAAAGUAUAUAUGUCUGACAAGUUUAUAAAAUAAAGACCUUUUUAUAAAUUUAUGAAUGUUAAUUUAUUUUAAAAUCAUAAUAAUAAAAAGUAAUUUAUAAAAAUGGAUGAAGGCAAAGCUCUUAAUAUUUGUGUACCUGGACAAAGAUUGUGUGCUUCUGAUAAAGUUAUUAUAUCAGGAGCUGGGACAUAUGAAGAACGAGGUUAUAUUUACUCUAAAAUAGUUGGUGUUGUUAAAUUUAUUAUAGAAGAAAAUACACGUACUAUCGAGGUGCAUGGUAUUACAGAACAAAGUAUAGUACCAGCACCAGGCGAUAUUGUUACUGCAAUGGUUACCAUUGUUAAUCAAAGAUUUUGUAAGUGUAGUAUUAAAUGUAUAGGCGACGUAGUAUUGACAAGACCAUACAGAGGAAUUUUAAGGAAAGAGGAUGUACGUGCCAUUGACAAGGAUAGGGUGGAAAUGUAUAAGUCUUAUCGACCUGGAGAUAUUAUUCUUGCAAGAGUUUUACCAAUGACAGAAGCACAUACUUAUCAACUUAGUACAGCAGAGAAUGAAUUAGGAGUAGUGAUAGCCCAUAGCGAAGAAGGUGUAGCAAUGAUACCUAUAAGUUGGACCCAAAUGCAAUGUCCAAAGACAUUAUACAAAGAAUAUAGAAAAGUUGCCAAAGUUGUUCCUGAACAUAUUAUAGCAGAAUAUUAAAAUAAAAUUUAUUAUACACAAAUAAGAUUUUUUCAUUCUACCUAUAUAAAUUAAUGUUAAAUGA